AUGGGCAUUCCCAUCGAGGGAAAUCCAGCAUUUGGGAAAUUGGAACUCCUCAGACAAGGAAUGGGAGGAGGAUACUUGGGAGUACCUGCUGACGUGAGAUGA